AUGGCGUCGUAUCAACAACACAACAACUCAUACUACACACCCGCGGCAUAUGACCAGCCGCCGCGUCGCGACCAGCGCACACGCUCCAGCGAGGGCACCGUCAGCACAACCAUGAGCUCCUCGUCCGGCCGCGAGUCUGCCGGCACGCACAUCACCGAGGCACCCACCUAUUCCAAGAAGAUUGUUGUCGUCGGCGACGGCGGCUGCGGCAAGACAUGUCUUCUCAUCAGCUACAGCCAGGGCUACUUCCCUGAGAAAUACGUCCCAACUGUCUUCGAGAACUACAUCACCUUCCCGACGCACCCACCCACGGGAAAGACGGUCGAGCUCGCCCUGUGGGAUACUGCCGGCCAGGAAGAGUACGACAGGCUUCGGCCGCUGUCUUACCCGGAGACGGAUCUCAUCUUUGUCUGCUUCGCCAUCGACUGCCCCAACUCUCUUGACAAUGUCCUCGACAAGUGGUACCCUGAAGUGCUUCAUUUCUGCCCCUACACGCCCCUCGUCCUUGUUGGCCUCAAGUCGGACCUGCGACACAAAAAGACGUGCAUCGACAUGCUCAAGACCCAGGGCCUCACGCCCGUCACCACGGAGCAGGGCUUGACGGUCGCCAAGAAGAUGGGUGCCCAGUACAUGGAGUGCAGCAGCAAGGAGAUGCGCGGCGUCGACGAGAUCUUUGAGCGCGCCAUCCUCACCGUCGUAGCCAACGACAGGAGGAACCAGGAAGCCAUGGCGCCGCCCCGGACCUCUGCGGGCGAGCGAUCACGGACGCCUCUGCCAGGAAUGGGCAUGCCGAAGCGCAAGAAGAGAAAGUGCCAGUUCCUCUGA